CUUGUGUGUAUAUAGACCAGUGGCGUUAUAAGAUAUGGGAGUAGAACAGUAAACAUGAAUCUAUAUUAUGCUUUAAGUUUUCUCUUAAAUUUCUUACUCCUGUGUAAUUUAACAGUUGUACAUGGUAUAAAUAACUGCUCAUGGCUUGUGACAGAAAAAAUUGGGAGUGAGGACAAGAGACAUGACUUCCAAUGUUUGCAGUAUGAUCUCCCAUCAAGAGAAUGUGAGUUAUCUGGUACGGAAUUACCAAUUCAAGACGAUGACAAUUCAAUUGAUAGGCCCAUUAACUUUAUGUCAGAUGUCACCAAGGUCAGGGUCAAUGGUAGUAGCGGAAGUGAAUGGAUUAUACCUGUGAUUGGGUUUUCUUGGUACCCACCACAAUCUGGUAUAUCUCUGAAGAAUUUAAAAGGGUUUUUAUUAAAUGCACUAUGUUUAGCUGGUGAUAAUUGUUUAAAAACAUCGUUCUGUGUCAUGUUUGAUCUUAGACAGAAUAAUUUGUCUAUUGAUGAUAGAAUGUUGAAGUUUGAAUGGAAAACUCCCCCACUGAAUAUUACUAUGGCUACAGCUUUUGAAUUCAGAUUAUAUAGUUUACCUAGACCAAAAUCUCACAUAGACUCUGCACGUCAGAAAUUAUUACAAGAUGUCCGCAGAGCUACUGAUUCAACAGCUAACCACUCUGCUGACUGGGCUGCAAAUAUUGGAUAUAAGAUAAACAAAAACGAUGUAGAAGUCAGAUUCAAGUUCUCUGAAUUUCCAUUUAUACAUUAUACUAUAUAUUUGCACUUAAAGGAUAACAAUACUGAUAUACAAGUUUAUGUACUCUCAAGGUUAGCUGGUCAGGUGGAAGGGAUUCAUACUUUCAAGAAUGUUUCAAGAGGCAAUUACACUAUAGCGAUUAAGCCUAUAGAUGACGAAUUUAAUGAAGAUUCCAAAUGUCUGUGUUAUCGUGGGUAUAGAAACCAUCCUGAUAAACGAGAUUGUACUUCAUGUAGACUUACAGAAACGCAGGCACCCUUUUUUAUUGGUGGUUAUUCAGAUAAUCCAGUUAAACCAACGUCAGAUAAUCCAGUUAAACCAACGUCAGAUAAUCCAGUUAAACCAACGUCAGAUAAUCCAGUUAAACCAACGUCAGAUAAACCAACGUCAGAUAAUCCAGUUAAACCAACGUCAGAUAAUCCAGUUAAACCAACGUCAGAUAAUCCAGUUAAACCAACGUCAGAUAGACCAACGUCAGAUAAUCCAGUUAAACCAACGUCAGAUAAUCCAAGUGAUGGUCCAAAUACUGGAAAAUCGGUCCAACUUUCAAAUACAGAUAUAGGUUUAAUAAUUAUGGGAAUCACUCUGCUUGUCAUUCUUGUUAUCGCCGUGGUCAUUUUAUUAUUGAGAAGGAAAUGCAUCAAAUGUGGUAUGGGGUAUAUUUGUGAUAUUAGGAAGGCUAGUUGUGUAGCAGGUAACCAAGUAAAUCUCGAGAAUCUAACUAAUAGCAAUAAUGGACAUACAGUGACAGUGGCUCCCUUACAGAAAAGGUCCAUUUUUAUAUUAAAUGCUGAAGAUCACCAACAUCAUGUAGAAUCUGUAAAACAACUUGUUCUCUUUCUUCAAGAUGAAUGUCAUUGCCAACCUAUCUAUCCACCAUUUUGUCUCAAAGAAAUUGGUCAAAUGAACCACAAGGACUGGACGUUAAAGACUUUAGACACGGUUGAUUAUGUCAUGAUUGUUAAUUCAGAAGCAUCUUAUUAUCUGAUGAAAGCAGCCAGUCAGAAUGGCAGCUAUAAUUAUCGUCCAAUCACGUCAACGGGUAAUUUAUUUACUGAUUUUAUGAAAGAAGUUAUUAAGGAAUCUAAGAAUACGGAAUCCCUCGAUAGAUACAUCAUGGUAUCUUUUGAUCAUAAGUCAUCAGAAUUUUAUUUAUCAGAUAUACCCACCAGCCAUUGUUACAAAAUAAUUCAACAAAUUCCCGAUUUAGUUAAAUAUAUCCAUCAUCAAACACCAGAGUCAGACACGUAUCCCCAAUUACAAGAUGUCUUCACAAAAUCUAUGGAUGAUUUUGACGCUGGAAAAAGCCUAAAAGAUGCUGUGUAUAAAGCAGCUAAAUUUGAGAAGAGUAAUGUUACAUGGUUUUUAGAUACAUUUGGAGAACCUUAUGGCCGUGUUUACGAAAAACACGAUUCUGGUAUCGGUUCAUUCAUCGGGCAUGAACAUGAUGCAGCCUCUCCACAGCAGAAGGGCAACCUUGACUUCCCAAGCAACAGGGACGAGAAUGGAUUUUUGCCACCAGAAGACAUCCGUAGUACCAAUUCUGAACCCCAGUUUCAAACUGAUGUUGGCGAGGAAUCUAGUGGUUGGGGAAUGAAAUUUAAUCAAGCCAAUGACUCACCGAGAGCAGAGGUAGAUGAACAUGGAUGGUUCCCCCCAGACACUGUAUCUAGUUAUAGUGAAGCAACUGCAGACCGGAAUAGCUUUUUUCCACCAGACACUCUGUCUGAAAUGGAAACUAAAAGCUUGUCACCGAGCACUUACAUGAGAAACAUGAAUGCACGUUAUGAGGCUGCUGUAAAUGGUAUGAACGAAAAAGAUGAAAACACCUAUUCUGCUUUAAAUCAUUUUAAUGAAAAAGAUGAAACAGACUAUUAUUCUAAUCUGAAAGAUACCACUAGGUGUUAACAAAUAUAAGUGGACCAUUCUAAGAUCUGUAUCUUGAAAAAGUGGACUAUUCCAAUUUUUAUCUAUAUUCAGUUUCAUAAACAUAACAUUCAUUAUGCUUGUACUUCUGUAUACAGAGAGAUUACGUUUAAUGUUAUGUGUUUUGGUCGGACUAGAUCCGUUACUUUAUUUGACUUUUUCGUAUGGAAUAGCUGUAUAACUAUAAUUUCAUUUGACAGCAGUCACCAAAAAUUUAUGACAAUCGGCCAGACAAUUUUUCAUAAAUAUCCCUUGAAUCUACAUUGGUUUUUUUUUAGAUCAUUGCAAAUAUUUUGAGUAGAUUUUUUUUCCGCUAACAUUAACAAAUUACUAUCUAAAUGUUAAGACAAAACAAAAGUUUACUGAAAAAAACAUGAUGUGCAGUGGCCUGGUCUUUAUUGAUAUGUAGAUAUUGUUUCGUUAUAGAACUUAUAUUGUUGUUGUUCAUAAGAAUCAUUUGAUGUAAAUAUUGUUCAUAUACAAAUGUAUAGGCUAUAUAAGAUAUUGAAAUGUGAAGAUUAGGGAGCUUUAGAUUACUUUUUGUUCAUUUCAUCUGAAUUAUUACAUACGGGUUGGACAGCCUGAACUGUAAUUUAACCAAUAUAAAACCCCUGUACUGUUGCCCAGUCAAGGUAAAUACCUGUAUGGACAUACUGUUUAUAAAAUUUAUUGAAGCAUUUUUAUUACAGUUUUGUAGUAAUAUUUCAUUGUGCUGAUCUCUGAUGUUAUAUUUCAAUUUGUGAUAACAUGAUUUAUACAAUUAAUGUUUACUAAUUUUUGUUAGAAGUUUGGCUUACUUUGUCAAAAGUAGAACACAAAAUCAGUAAUAUUUCAACGCUGUUUUUGUCUCUAGACAAAUUUUAUAUUUCUAAAACAAGCCAACAUAUAGAAUCAACAAUUUUAUUUUGCUCAAAUCAAAGAGGUCUAGCCAUAAGGUAUGUAGUAAUACAAAAAUCCAUUUAAAAUAUGUUUAGAGUUUAUAUGUAAGAUUAUAUUUCAUUAUACGAAAUUACUGGCUUAGAGAAAUAAACUGGCGGCAAACGUUGUAUAGGAAAUGACCAGACGCAUACACAAAUAGCCUGGUGGCUUACACCCCUACAGGCAAGGAUUUCUAAUUUUGUAUUGUCAUUGUAAUGAGUCAAACCACCUUUAAUAUAGUCCCAUAAAAAACACAGGACAUGUCUGUCUAUUAGUGUAUAAUAAAUGUCUAACCGAUAUCUAUGCAAUAAUUUUGAUUUAUCUGAGAGUUCAAUUAAGACCAUACCCAAAAAAUAAUAUGGUUCUCAGACAAUCCAUCCAUAGAAUUAGAUACAGGAGGGGGGGGGGGGGUAUUUUUUUAAAGGAUCACUACUGGACUAAAUGACUUCUCAUAAACAUCACAAUUCAAGGCAAGGGGGGGGGGGGGGGUUGUUGGAUGACUGAAUGGUUAGCGUGCGCGCUGUAUCAUAAAGUCUGUACGUGACAAGGAGAAGGGUCGCCUGUCCAACCUCGUGGGUUUUCUCCGGGACCUCCGGUUUCCUCCCACUGCUAAAGACCCCUACGCGCAAGCGAAUUCUUGAAAUAAAAUUAAACCAUAUGUAAGUCCCGAAAUGACCUAGUUUGUGUCGAGUGGACGUUAAACCCCAUUUCUCUCUCUCUCUCUCUCUCUCUCUCUCUCUCUCAAUUCAAGACACCACAUUUAUCUCAUCAUGUUGUCUAUAAGAAAGUAUGAUUGUCCUGUUUCAUUCAUAAAUUGCGGUAACAUACUUCAUGUUUCAUUCAAAAGCUAAUUCAUGUAAUUGUUAUUUACAUGAGGUAAUGGAUGAGAUUGUUUUUAUUUUUUGAAAUAGAAACUGCUCAUGCAACCCUUUUUAUGUGAGACGGGAGUAUCUGAAACCCUAUAUUUUGUGUAUGGUCUAAUUAUUAUUACACCUAUUUAUAAAGCUAGAAUUACUUUAAAUUAUUUAAUAUAUUUUUUUUCUGGAACGCUGAGUCAUAGAUCUGAUAGACUAGGAGUAAUAAAUGACCCUGUGAUAUGAGAUAUAGGUUUCUUUAUUUUUUUAUGCUCAAACUCAAAAUACUUGUAUCAGAUAUUAUUUAAUGGCUUUAAGAAACUUGUAUUUAACGUAAAUAAGUGAUGCCCAUUUUUGUAAAGCUAGAGUUUUUCAUAUUUUUUAUCAUAUCAAAAAAUAAUUUAACUUGUAAUAUCAGCAGUAAAUGAUAUUUUGAUAUGCAGUUAAUGAUCUUAUGUAUAUUAUAUUGCUCAUUGACUUUAGUUAUAUAUAUAUAUUUUUUUUUAUCCCGGUGUGUACAACUGAAUUUUCUAUAUUCCUUUUAUUAUUCUACCUGCCUUACAUAUGAUUUUGAGCAGUUUUCUUUCUAAGAAAUGUGGCUUGAGUUUCUAAUUAGUUUUACCAAGUUCUGAAAAUUUAUUUGCAAUGCAUUUUGUCAGUUAAAUAUUGACACAAAUAAUGCUUCACUUUCGUAUAACUAACAAUUUGUAUUGACAGUCUAACAAACAUUGAACUUUCAGACUAUCUAUAUACAAAUAUUGUAGCCAUCUUUUUAAACUGGUGUUUUUCUAAUCAUUCAUUCAUUUAAUUCAUUUUUAUAAUAAAUACCAUAUUAUUUGUCCAUCAAAUAUCAUAUUUGUUUAUUUUAUAUGAAAUAAAAAUUAUUUUUAUAAUAAAACACAAUCAAAAUAA